CAGCUACAAGUUAGAAUCAUGCGGAAAUGGGCAGUGUUUGAGAAGGACUCAGCCAUUAAAAAAACUUUAGAGCUGUUAUUUUUGGAUGAAUGUGGUGAUUCUAUCCAAUGCACAUUGAGCAAGAAUUUCAUAGAUCAGUAUGAUCAUAUCUUAGCCGAAGAUAAGUGCUACAAAAUUUCAGUAUUUUAUGUCAGUGUCAAUCGUGGAAAGUAUUUGGCCUCGACUCAUAAAUAUCGUUUAAACUUCACUAAUUCCACUAAAGUAAGUGAAUUAGACGAUUUGGAUAUUCCCUCCACAUUCUAUAAGUUCACUGACUUCAAGAGUAUUUUGAGUCCUGCGUUCCAGCGUGAGUACUUGAUUGAUCUAAUUGGUCAAAUAACGGACUUUUCAUCCGAGUUCGUUAUAAUCAAGAGAACUGGCAAAGAACGUAAAAGGUUACGUCUAGAACUCCAAGACACAGAAGGCACAAUAUUGCCAUGUAUUUUGUGGGGAGAUAAAGCUAUUGAAGUCGAAUCUCAUCUUUUGACCUCUCCUACGAGUCCUAUUGUGUUUGCUAUGAGAUAUGGCAUUUCAGAUGUUUUCAACAGUGAAACACAUGCUACAACUUUUUUUGAUAAUAGCAUAAUUGUUCUGAAUGGGAAAGACAGAUGGUGCACUGAAUUUCGGGAUAGGCUUCUUAUUGAGCGGCCUAAUUCUUCCUCUAUAACUUUGAAGCAAUCUCACACAAAAGAUAAGAAGAAGAGUUUUGACACA